CGGCUUUUCUUUCUUCCAUUUCUUCAGUAUCCCUCGUCAUCGCCGGUCAUCUCCAUCCAUAACCCACGCGGGCUCUCCGACGAUAAACUCAGCAGCGUCCAGAAGUGUCUCCAGACGGAGGCUGAAUCUUGGCUCGGCUCUCCAGUGUUGUAUCAGCUCAUCGAGAAAGCUAAAGAAAUCCUGACUGAAAGCAAUAUUCCUCAUGGGAACUGUGUCAUAUGCCUUUAUGGUUUCAAGGAGGGAGAGACCUUCACCAAGACGAGUUGCUACCACUACUUCCACUCCCACUGCCUUGGCCGCUACGUGGUCCACUCAGAGCGGGAGCUGCGGCAGAGGGAGAAGGAGCUGGAGGAGGAUAAAACCAGAGAUGGAAGCAGCGUUCAGGAGCUGACGGUGGUGUGUCCGGUCUGCAGAGAGCCUCUCACAUAUGACAGAAACCAGCUUCUAAAAUCUCCUGCACCAGAGCUGCCUGAGCUCGAUCAGGCGGCGAUCGGCUCCGACUUUCAGAGGAAGUGGGGUCAGCUCCAGAAAAUUCUGGAGAAGCAGAGGUGCAACGGCGGGAUCAUCGACCCGGAGGAGGAAUCCAACCGAUUCCUGAUCCACAUCCAGGAGGCGCCUCCAGUGGCUGAAAACAUAAACCCGGAGGUCGAAGCGUCCCCCGCUCCCCUGGUUUCCUCCUCCUCUGAUGAAGCCGGCGUCCGAUCGGAGCGGUUUGUUCCUGGACUGUCCCAGCUCCCAGGCUUCCAGGCCCAGAGGCACCAGAACCAGGCCAGAGGGCCGAGAAGAGGAGGAAGACCCAAACCCCAUCCUGGGCAGGGGCCCCCCAUCGCAGAGCACCUGGAGCGCCUCGCUCUGUCAGACUGGACCGACCAAUCACAGAUGAUCCUGGGAGUCGGUGGCCGACAGAUGCGAUGCCAGACCGGGUCCGGGGAGGAACCAGAGAAACGGGUUCCUCCGACUGAUUUGGACUUUGAGGGCCCAAAAGAUGGAGCCAGGGGUCACCGAGGGAGAAGAAGGGGCCCCUACCGGCCUACCCCGCACCACAUCGGGGCUCCUGGGCCCCCGCAGCAGCACCGGGACAGCCACGCCAGAAGUCGAGGAGGCGGCGGGCCCCGGCGCGGCCAUUACGGCCGGGGCCUCCAACACAAGGUGGUGGAGCGGGGAAGAGAGGAAGUGGUAUGACAAAGGGCGACCGGAGGGUGGAGGAACGCCAGAAUGCGAGCCUCCAUCAUCAGAUUAAAACGCUGCGACAGAAAGGACUCUGGACGCCGCCUCCUGUCCCGCUGUCUCCAACGCACUUUCAUCUUUGCUCCAGUUGUGUCCAACUGGUUGCUGCUUUGUGAUGUGAUGCCAAACAGCUUAAAGAACUAUAAAUUAAAUCUAUUCUGGAUGUCA